GCGGAUAUAGUGAAUACGGGGUCCGGGGAGAGCGGAUAUAGUGAAUGCCGGGUCCGGGGAGAGCGGAUAUAGUGAAUGCGGGGUCAGGGGAGAGCGGAUAUAGUGAAUGCGGGGGUCAGGGGAGACCGAAUAUAGUGAAUGCGGGGUCCGGGGAGAUCGGAUAUAGUGAAUGUGGGGUCCGGGGAGAUCGGAUAUAGUGAAUGCCGGGGUCCCGGGGAGAACGGAUAUAGUGAAUGCGGGGUACGGGGAGAACGGAUAUAGUGAAUGCGGGGUCCGGGGAGAACGGAUAUAGUGAAUGCGGGGUCCGGGGAGAACGGAUAUAGUGAAUGCGGGGUCCGGGGAGA